GUUGACCGGUUCUAUUCUGGCUCAUGAGAUGAUGCAUGCAUGGCUUCGGCUUCAAGGCUACCGAACUCUAAGUCAAGAUGUUGAAGAAGGUAUCUGUCAGGUGCUAGCUCACAUGUGGUUAGAGUCCCAGAUAAUGUCCAUGCCAGGGAGCAAUAUUCCGUCAACCUCCUCCACAUCACUUUCAAGAUCAUCAAAGCAGGGGACACGAUCUCCAUUUGAGCGGAAGCUAGGGGAGUUCUUCAAACACCAGAUUGAAUCAGAUACAUCUCCAGUGUAUGGAAAUGGAUUUAGAGCUGGUAACCAGGCAGUCCUCAAAUAUGGUCUUCGAAGGACCCUGGACCAUAUCAGGUUCACAGGGACUUUUCCUUAUUAAAGUUUUGGGCCUGAAUUGGUUUCUGUUUACGAUUAUUUUACUAGAGUUAAGGUGGCUCAUUUAUAUUGGAACCUUAG